AUGGCACCUGUCACUUCGGAGGCAAAGACCGAGCAGCCUUCUAAGGCUCAGCUCAAGCUGAAUGUGAAGAAGGCUACUGACGAAGAAUUUUUGUUGACCCUCCUUGAAAAUGUGAAGGUGGAUCACGGGGCUGCCUCCAAGUCCCUUGGAAUCUCCAAGGCUGCAUGCCGGAUGCGACUUGUCCGCCUUCGACAAAAAUACGGGUUGAAGAUCAAAGGAAAGGGAACCCCACGGGGCAAGAAAGAAAAGGCCUCCUCAAACAACGAGGAAGAGACGGCCGGAGAGGAGGCCACCAACGAUAAUACCACCGAGAACUGA